GGGUUUAAGUUUUUGAUCAAAAUCCACAGUACCCUUUUCUUUAACAGCCCUUACCUUUUCCCCUUUUCAACCCUUUUCUUUCUCCUGAACGUGCAGGGGACAGGGAUCAAAGUCUUGUCUCUGCGUCCAAGCCAGCUAUACCAAGUCCUUACUUUUGGAAUGUAUAAGGAGAAAAGGUCCUGAUUUGAUGAUCAAGAAUUCUUGUUUGUAUUUUUCGGUGAAGAGAAUCUGAGGAUAAGAAAAAUUGAAUUCUGAAAGAUUUACCGGAUCCCAUGAUAAAGUUUUGCAAUGAUGUCGAUGAACAUGGGGAAGAAAUGGGUAUUCCCUCUGGUGAUCAGCUCACUCAUGUGUGUAUUUCUUCUUGCAACCUCCUUCAAUAUGGGUCUCAUCACUAAACUUCACAGUAUCAAUGCAAUCUUCUCGCUUUUCCCUUCCCAUAUUUCAAUAAACCAAAGAAACCUAGGUUAUGCUGAAUCAAAAGUCAUACAAUCUCCACCCCCUCCUUCUGGUCCUGCAUUACCUCGUUUUGCUUACUUAGUUUCUGGGUCAAAAGGUGAUCUGGAAAAGCUUUGGAGAACUCUUCAUGCAUUGUAUCAUCCACGGAACCAAUAUGUUGUGCAUUUGGACCUUGAGUCACCAGCCAAGGAAAGAAUGGAACUACUUUCCCGGAUUAGAAACAACACAAUAUUCUCCAAAGUUGGGAAUGUUUACAUGAUCACCAAGGCUAAUUUGAUUACUUACAGGGGACCAACGAUGAUUGCUAACACUCUUCAUGCUUGUGCCAUUCUUCUCAAGAGAAGUGCAGAAUGGGAUUGGUUUAUCAAUCUCAGUGCCUCAGAUUAUCCUCUUGUCACGCAGGAUGAUCUUCUUUACACAUUUUCAUCUUUAAACCGGAGCAUUAACUUUGUCGAGCAGACAAGCCAGCUGGGUUGGAAAGCGGACAAAAGAGCUAUGCCGUUGAUUAUAGAUCCUGGUCUAUACAAGUUGACUAAGUCAGAUGUGUUUGGGGUUACACCAAGGAGAACAUUACCGACAGCAUUUAAAUUAUUCACUGGUUCGGCAUGGAUGGUUCUAUCGCGGUCAUUUGUGGAGUACUGUGUGUGGGGUUGGGAUAAUCUACCGAGAACCCUCCUCAUGUACUACACAAAUUUUGUGUCCUCCCCGGAAGGAUAUUUUCAGACAGUCAUAUGCAAUGCUCCAGAGUUCUCUCAGACGGUUGUCAAUCAUGAUUUGCAUUAUAUUUCUUGGGAUGUGCCCCCUAAACAGCACCCACACACCCUUUCCGUUAAUGACACAAAGAAGAUGAUUGCAAGUAAUGCUGCCUUUGCUCGGAAGUUCAAGCAAGAUGACCCUGUGUUGGAUAAGAUUGAUAAGGAACUACUUGGUCGAAAUAAAAGUAGCUUCACCCCAGGUGGUUGGUGCUCUGGCAGGCCCAACUGUUCCAAGGUUGGAGACCAAAGCAGGAUCAAGCCAGGUCCGGGAGCUCAAAGGCUUAGCAAUCUUUUAGCUAGGUUAAACAGGACUGCAAAUCUUGGUAGAGAUCGAUGUAAAUAGAUUUACAGAUGGGAAAGUCAUUCUUGUGGAAGAAUUUUUUCAGGGAGUUGUUCCUGUCAUGAACACAGGAUAAUUGAAGGUGUCAUCCCUAAAAGCAUAGGGAUUCAGAACUUUAGCCAUUUUUGGGGAUCAGGAUGGUACUCACAAUACCAUUUUUCUGGUCGGUCCAUUCCACUUCCAUACGGUUAUACCUUUCUACAAGGUAAUAAUUCAAAUAUAUUGCAUGGCAGAGAAAACAGUACUUUGAGGAUGCGUUGGCCCCUCUUCUGAUAAUUGGAUCAGAUGUAUUGUUCCAUACUUCCAUAGCAUUGAAGGGCUCUCUUGAUGUUUCUCGUUUUCUUUAUACCUUACCAUUUUAAGUUCUUAAUCCAAUCCUUCUGGAGGAUUGUGUUCUUGCUUAGCAACCUGGGUUUACCAGCAACGUCCUCUUGCGUCUGCCAUUCAUUUCACCUUUUAAGAAGAGAUACAGACCGUCCAGCUAUCAAGAUCAGGUGAAACAAGAGUUCACAGCCGACAUGUUAACACCCUUCAUCAGGAGAGAUCACUGCAUUAAGUUUGGAUGCCAUAUGAGCAUUCCAGAUUUUACCUAAUAAUCACAAUGACAAAUGUAAGAGGUAUUAACAGAACAAAUGGUGCUCUAUCCAUUCUUUUGACCAUGAAAAACCCAUCCAACCAACAGAAGUAUAGAGAUUCGUGCUCUUAUUAUUGUAAGAACUACUGUUCUGAAAUUGGUUUUUUGUGUGAAGAGGAGCUCCAACAUGGUCCAGCAGAGUAUUGAGCAACAACAGAGAUGAGGCAUCUGAAAAUAAUUGUAAUCACUCAAAAAAUGGCUAUGAAACUAUAUGGCAUUACAAAAUAUACAGGAGAAGGUGAUUUUCUUAUCCUUUUGUUUUCCUCCUUGAAUUUUAUCUACAGAGAUUUGAUUAAGUCUCUAAUAUUUUAAAUGCAUCCGCUAUCAAUUAUCAUCU